AUGCAUUUUAAUAAAGCUCAAAUUUUUAAUGAGCAAACGAGUAAUGUAGAAGGUUUUCAAGUGACUGCCUUUAAUACGGCAGAAGAAUAUAAUUUGGAAUCUAUAAACCUUGAUAUAAAUAAAUUUUUAAAAUACAUGCCGUCUGAAUUUAAUUCAGAAUUUGAAAGUUCUGUUGAUGCUCUUCAUGCAGUUAGCACUACAGAUUCAGAAUUGAAUAGUAAACAAUUAUUUUUAUUUAGGGAUGGCUCUGUUGUUAUGUGGAAUGUUCCAAAAUCAGAAAUAAAAACAAUAUUAGAUUUUAUUAAAAAUUAUGAAUUAAACAGUUUUAAUUUUGAUAUCAUACAGAAUGAAAGUGAAGUUAUCAAUUAUUCUUAUUCCUCAAGCAAGAGUAAAACACAAAUUAUAAAUAAUUCACUAGUUUUUUCCAAUAAUGAAAACCUAACUUUAGAAAAAUUUGCCGUUUCGAAUGCUUUAGCUUUAUCUGUUCAGUUAGGAACUUUUGAAGCGAAUCUUGAACAGUACAUAGAUGAAAUGAAGCCAGUAACUGAGGAUUUAAAACUAGGAAAAAUUAUCAAGGUUUCCAGGGAUGAAGUUUUGCAAAAAACUGGACAAUUGUUUGCUUUGAGACAUUCAAUAAAUUUAAACAGCGAUUUGUUAGAUACUCCCGAUUUUUAUUGGGAUCGAGAAGAAUUAGAAAAAAUAUAUCAAUCUGUUUUUAGUUACUACUGCAUAAAUAAAAGAACAAAAGUUAUUAAUGAAAAACUUAAUCAUUGUUUAGAACUUGUGGAUUUAUUAUCGUCUCAUUUAAAUGAUAAACAUCACACUAGACUGGAAUGGAUGAUAAUUAUUUUAAUUAUGGUUGAAGUUGUUUUUGAAAUUUUUCAUUUUAUAGAAAAAUAAUGAUAAAAUGUUAGUG